AUGGCAUGGCGCGCUGCCGACCUCCUACGGCUGGAUGUGAAACAAAGUUAUUUUCUCGUCUUCGUCUUCUUCGUCUUCUUCUUCUUCUUCUUCUUCUUCUUCUUCGUCUUCUUCUUCUUCUUCGUCUUCUUCAUCUUCUUCUUCUUCUUCUUCUUCUUCUUCUUCUUCUUGCCCCCGGUCACCAUGAACAAUACCAAUCAUGUCGUGCCUUCGGGCCAGCACUACUCCGGCCGCAACCGCGUGCCCAACAUUCAAGAAUUCAUGGCUCAGCUAGACCGCGAGAAGAAACAGAGGGAUACAGAGAUUGACGCUCGUUUGAGAGCCAAUGACAAGCAUGGCGAAGUUCAAGACCACCAGCAGCGCGACGACAAGGCCGAACGCAAGGACGCUCGCUGGGUCCGUGAUCCCGUCACUGGCAAAGACGUGCAGAUUCGCGACGCCAAAACGGACUUUAAAAAGGCUGCCGAUGACCCUCAGAUGUCUGUCCCAAACGAAAAUCUCGGCAAAGACACAACCGUGCCCAAGCCCAUGCACAUGUCUCGUGAACAGUACCGCGAAACCAUGGAUAUUUCUGCACCGCCUGAUCCUAUACAAGAGGGGACUACCUCGGACGUGCCCAUUCGCAGCGAAAAGACAUCCGUCCUCUUCUUCAAGACCCCGACCGUCAGCUACGAGCCAAUGUUUGAAAGCCUCGAGAACCGAGCCAACGGUCUGUGUAUUGGCAUAUUUGUCGCCAUCAUCUUCAUUGGCAGGUUUUUCGGUGGCAAGCUCCUCGGGCUGAUUCCUCUUGGCUUCUGCGUCGCAUGCGGUGUCUUCCUAUGGUGCAAGGAGCUUGUCCGCCAGGGUCGCGACGUUGAGUGGUCCAGCGAGCAGGCCCGCGGCGAGACAGCCACGGCAAACUUGAUUCCCGAAUCCGUCGAGUGGAUGAACACUGCCAUUGGCAUAAUAUGGGGCCUCAUUAACCCUGACGUCUUUGCUGCCGUUGGUGAUACUCUAGAAGAUGUCAUGGCAGCCUCGGUCCCCAGUGUCAUCGAAAAUAUUCGCGUUGCCGACAUUCACCAAGGCAGCAACCCCCUUCGAAUCCUGAAUAUGCGAGCCCUUCCAGACUCCCAUGUACAGGACAUAAAAGACGACAUCCGAAAGCAAAACGAAAAGACCAUGGACCCCAAUGAGAUGGCUGCCAUGGAGCAAGCUGGCGAGUUUUACAACAUGGAGGUUUCUGUUGCAUACCAUGCAAAGCCCUCUGGUGAAGACGUCGCCUCCAAGGCUCGCAACAUGGGCAUGCAGCUUGUCUUCUAUCUUGGAAUCCGUGGUCUCUUUGGCGUGCCUCUACCCGUCUGGGUUGAGCUACAGGGUCUGGUGGCUACUGCUCGUCUGCGACUGCAGCUUACGCCCGACCCGCCGUUCCUCAAGACCAUGACAGUCACUCUCAUGGGUGUCCCAAAAGUCCAGGCCGGGUGCACUCCCAUGAUCCAAAAGGGCGUCAACAUCCUCAACCUGCCCCUCAUUUCCAACUUUGUCAACUGGGCCAUCUCAGCAGCGGCGUCCAUGUAUGUCGCGCCCAAGAGCUUGACUCUUGACGUUAGCAGCAUGCUCACAGGCGAUGACAUCAAGAAGGACACCAUUGCCAUGGGUGCCUUGUACAUUCGCAUUCACAAGGCAGUUGACCUGAGCAAGCAGGAUCAGCGUGGUAGCAAGGGCGGUGGCUCAGACCCCUACAUUACCAUCUCCUGGAGCAAAUUUUCCAAGCCACAAUUCUGCACCCGUGUUAUUCAGGAUGAUUUGAACCCAUAUUUUGGGGAAAGCUGUGGUCUCCUGGUUACACCUGACAUUAUCCAGGCAGAUGAGCAGCUCUCGGUGGAACUUUGGGACAGCGACAGAUCCUCGGCCGACGACGUCGUGGGCAAGAUUGAGCUCAGCAUCCAGGAGCUCAUCCAACAUCCCGGACAGGUCUUUCCCCAAGUUUCCAAGCUCAAGGGGAUGAACGCUGAUAGCAGUAUGCCGGGUGAGCUGCACUGGGAAGUGGGCUUCUUUGGCAAGACGCUUUUCCGCAAGGCUUUGCGAACAGACGAAAAGAAUCCAAACCUGCCGGAUGAGAUGAAAAACAAGCCCGACACUGCUGAGCGCCAAAACGCUGUGCCUCAGACAGCCGAAAGUGAAGCAGCUCUGCACACUCCACCUGAUCCGCUCUGGCCGUCUGGUAUCCUGAGUGUUGUCGUCCACCAGAUCGUUGGCCUUGAGCUGGCCAAUAUUCGCGGUUCUGACGGCAACCGCAAGGGCAAAGAGUACGAGCCGGCUCGCCCCGAGGCUGGUGAGGUCAAGGAAGCUGAAAGCAAGAAGCUACCUAGCUCGUACUGCACUAUUCUCAUCAACGACGAUUUGGCGUACAAGACCCGAACCAAGGUUGUCUCUUCGCAGCCCAUUUUCAACGCGGGCACUGAAAAGUUUGUUCGUGACUGGCGAUCUGCAAUCGUCACGAUUGCGGUCCGCGACUCUCGCCACCGACAACACGAUCCACUCAUUGGCGUGGUGCCGCUCAAGGUGUCGGACAUCCUGCAAACUAGUAGUGAAGUCACGCGAUGGUACCCUCUGGAUGGCGGUAUCGGCUUUGGUCGCGCCCGCAUCUCGCUCUUGUUCAAGUCUGUGGAGCUGCGCUUGCCGCCACCUGAGAUGGGCUGGGAGAUUGGCACUUUUGAGUUCACGUCGAACAAGAUUGAGACGGUGGGCUAUGCACCAGCGGCCAAGGCCAAGCUGCGCCUUCGCACUGGUGGCUCGACGGCCAGCGUUCGACGCUCUUGCUCAGCUAAAGAGGGGGAUGACAUGACAUUCGACGUCAGCGGCACCGGCAACAGCCAGAAGAUCCGGCUGCCUGUGCGUCAUCGAUACAGGUCGCCUGUCUUCCUCGAGUUCAAUCCCGUGGGCAAGAGGCGCUCGGCUGCGUUUGCAGCGGUCUGGCUGAAGGAUUUGACAGAUUGCGAUGAGCAAGACUUUGAUGUGCCCCUAUGGAGGUGCAAUAAUUCUGUGCGUCUCUCGCAAAAUUAUAUUACGGAGGCGAACUUCAGAGAGGUCCCCGAUCUUGACAUUGAAGAAAUCGGGCGCGUCAGGUUCUGUGGCCGUUUCUCGCCUGGCACAGAUUCUGAUCAUGUUCGUUUUGUCAGCGAUAAUGAUUCGCGAGAAACCAUUGAGACGUGGGAGGCAUGUUAUGCUGAGGGCGUUCGAGAAAAAGAAGUCAAGACUGAGGUGCCGCCUCUGACAAAGGAGCUUCACGACCACUCGUUGACGCAAGGUCGCGAUGUUUUGGCACAAGCGAGCGACGAGGAACGCAAGAGAUGGCUGUCCAAGGACGGCACCGACUGGACCAGCGCUUUUGGGGAAGACCCUUCGCAGGCCAUGGCCGGCGGGAAACGCGGCGACGGAGAGGCUGAGGAUGAUGACUACGAAGAAUUCGAUGAGGAUGGGGAAAGCGAAGACGAAGCUAGCGACACCUCGGAUCCCAUCACAAACGAGUCAGUCUCGAGGGCGUCGGAUCUUCAGUCUACCCAGGCCACGGGAAGCCGCCUGACUGAUGCCUCCAACGGUCGCGCAUCCCUCGAGACCAAUACGACAGCGGCCACGGGGGUCAGCGAUGCGUCCAAAAAGAGUCACGGACCACUGUCGGCGAUGAAGGAAUAUCGUGAGAAUAGUCGCGAUUUGCACCGUAAGCAGCGGGGGCUGAUGCAGUGGCGACCGAUGCGCAACAUGCAGUUUGCCAAGAAUGAGGCCAAGUUUCUAGCACGCAAGGUCAGGAACAUUACUGCGUUGGACGGCCGCAAGCCGGAUGUCGAGACGGAAAUUUGA